UGGAAAUAUAAUAAAUCUUCUUCAUUAUUGUUGACAACUCCUUCUAUAAAUUAAGAUUAUCACAAUCACAAUCACAAUCACAAUCCAUAAACGAAAAGAUAAAGAUGAAUUCGAAAAUGAUCUCAACCAGCAUUCCAUUUGCAGGCCUUUCAAAAUCCAACGAAUCUCCCAAAACCAAAACACACAAAAUGUCAUUCAAUUCGCGGCGGGUCAGAAUCCGAAGGGCGAGGGCGCAAAUCUCAGGCGUGUAUGCUCCGGCCCAAACAAAGGAGACACUGUACGAACUGCUGGGAAUUGCAGAGGACGUGAAGAGCUUAUCCGACAUUAAAAAAGCGUACAAACAGAUGGCGAGAAAGUACCAUCCCGACGUAUCUCCACCGGAGCAAGUGGACGAGUACACGAGGAGGUUUAUUAUGGUACAUGAGGCCUACGAAACGCUCUCUGAUCCCCAAACCAGAGCUCUCUACGACAGAGACUUGGCUUUCGGUGGUGGAUUUUCUCUCUCUCCCCAGGGAAUGGAGGAAAAAGAGGAGUGGAGGAGCAGCUGGGAGUCACAAUUGGACCAACUGCUGCAGCGACGCAAUUGUAGGGAGAGGUCGUCGUGGGGGGCUCGAAUGCGAAAUUCUACUAAUUAGUGGACUACAAAUUAAUUUAUGUAGAUUAUAAUAUAUGUAGUGUGAAUGCAAGUUGCAAAGUCGCGAAUUGUAUAAGCUGUUUUUUAGUAGUUACUUUUUAGAAAGAAAAAAAAAAGUUAUUUUUCCCUCUA